UCUGUGGCCAGACUCUGACCCGAGAUUUCAUCCAAACUCCUUUGCAAGUAUCCAGACCAAAAGACUUUCCAGUGGGAUUUCAGUAUAUGGGGUUCUCAGAGGCACCUCCAGCUUUGCCUUCCAAAGUUUCACAAGAGGUCCGGGCAGAGUGACCAUGAAAAAUUUUGAUGUUUGUGACCCCCCUUUCUCCUUGCCCCACUGUGUGAGAAAUUCCGUACAAGAUGCUCUGCUGCUCCUGCUCUGGGACUGGUUUUGAGUCUGGUGAUGCUGGAAGUAAGUCUUGUCCUGGACUUCGUUGCUUGGGACCAGCACUUCUCUGGCAAUGCUCUUAGUGCUCCCUGUUGUCCAGACCAAAUCAGGAAAAAGAGAGUUUUGGAAAGAGAGAGAGCAAUACAACCUGAGACCCAAGAGGCUGCAACAGUGAUACAUGGGUAAGUACUUCUAAGCUUGCACUUGGCUGGCAGCCUUGGAAGUGAACAGUGUCUGGUGGUUUGGAGCACCUGCCUGGAAAGCAAGAUUUCAUCACUCACCUUAUCUGUCUCCUCAAGGAGUGGGUCCACAGACAAACCAGAUUCUGGGGCUUUUUUCACUUGUCAAAGCAUUAGAAGAACAACACUAAGGAAAAAGACUUGUACAUAUAGAGCUGGAUACAAACUUUUGUUCAAGGGUAUGUUCUGUACCAGUGAAGUGCAGCUGAUGCUCUGAGAGCUUGGCAGGGCAUUUUCAGACCACAGCAAAUCAGCUUUAAAGCCAGAAGUGAGAUCCCAAGAGUCCUGGCUCCUUCAUCAUGGGGUUACAACCUGCACUGCACUGCCUCUGAUUGAGCAGAGUCCUGCACACCUACAGAUUCAAACAUCUGCCUUGAAGACCUCAUCACUUGUCAAGUAAUUUUUUAAUUUUAAAAAGUGCAUCAAUUAAUAUCACAGCAUUUUUCAAGCUUGCUCACUGAAGAGCAAAGAAAUUCAUAUUGCAGCUCAGAGUGAGAAUCCAUUGGAGAAAAAUAUGCCUCUGGAGAGAAGCUGGGUGAACUGGAUGAUGCAUCUUUGUCUCUGAGAAGGUGAACUUGAGAAGAGGCUUGGAUGCUGUCUGGCUUAUAACCAAAUGAGAAGACUAACUAAAGUGUGGAAAAUUGAGAUGUGUUCAUUAGAAACAGUCUCAAAGGGAACCUCCCCAAGCUGUAUGAUGAACUUCACCCAUUUGCUGUAGAAAGAGUAAGAAAAAGGCUCAGCUCCUACACUGACGGUACAUAAUCAACUUGUCUAAAUGUUCUUGCAAUAACUUGUUUUUUUUUUGAGACUUGCAGGCACACGAAAACGGAUGCUCUGUUAAAGCCAUCCGGUAGAUGGGGCCACAGAGUUAUCCGGAAUGCAAAAGCAAGUAAAAUGAGUUCAGGCGAGGAAGAGCACUCGUAAUCAGUGCAAAUACAGCUUUGUUAAUUCAUGAUAUUCUAAUGGCAGGCAAAUAAUUGAUUUGGGUAUAUCAUGUUCUGACUGUAUGACUGAUUAAGCUGUACUCAAAUCCUAGUUAAUAUGAUUCUGUAUUUGUUUGAUACUGAAAUAAUUACAAAUCUCAGUCAACACAAAUAACAGCUGAAGCUUUAAUUUCAAUUCAUGCCAUGUUCGUUCCUGAGUGUUGUGCAGGUCUGAGAUACAGUCAGACUUGUGAUGAAGUGACACAAUGGAAGGCAUUGAUAGUAAUUGUAGCAAGAAUCUUUCCACAUGUGGAAACGUGUUUGUGGCAACAGGAACGUGUUAGUGGUUCCUGCAUAAUACAAAGGAUGAUCUUAUGAAUGUAACUUACAUGCCCUGUUGUUUGUGGGUUUUUUCCCCUCCUGCUUCUGUGCAUCUGUUCCUGUUAGAUCUGUGAAACAGACAAGAACUCAGGGGGUUGAGAAAACGUGUGACCAUUGCAGGAGCAGUGGUCAGCAGUGGCUGCUGAAGUGUGCAGCACGGUGUAGGACUCGCUGCCUGUGUUUGCAGUCUGCUUUUAAAAUCAGCGAAUUGUUCCCAAUUUAAGCAGCAAAUUGCAUCAGGUAUCAGUUUGAAAGUGUAUAUAAUGUUCUGCUGCACUUGAAAAGCCUGGUUUUCUGUGGUCUGAUACCUGAAGUGAAAGUUUUAAUACUUAUAUCAUAAAGCUGAUCCUUUAAGGUCAGUUCUGCUAUAAAAAGUUCUUCAAAAUACCUUUAAAAAAACAAGUUAUCAUCAGUCUUCCAUGCCACUGAACUCCAUAGAGGCGAGUCCUGCAAGGCAGGUAUUUUUUUCCCUGUUUCCAGUGAAGUUAACAUAGGUUUCCAAGUCACAGGUGUCAAGAGGCAGGUUAGAGUCCCUGCGUAGGUUCGAUCCAGAUGAUUCUGAGCUUUGCCAAGUUUCUCGUGGUUCCAGCUGUUAGCUGGGGGAUCCCGCCUCACGUUAAACACGGGUCAAGGAGCAGGAAAAGAGGGACGUGGCCGCGUGAUCCCGCGUGGGAGUCAGCGGAGUGCUUUGGGUCCGGCACGGAGGUGCCGGGGAGCGAGGCUGCCCCGCUCCUGAGGCACAGUGCUGAGGCUGCCCCGCGUCAGCGCCGGCCCGUGCCCCUGUCCCCGCCGGGGACAGAACGGGAGAGGCCCCGCAGGUGCCCGCGGGGGCGGUGCUGCCGGCCCGGCCCGCCCGGGAUCUCUUGCGAGGAGCCGCGGCGGCACCUGGAGGCGGCUCCGCCCCGGCCCCGGGAGGGGAGCGGCCGGAUCCGGCGGGACGGGCCGGGGCUGCCGCCCCUCAGAGGCCGCGGCAGUCUGCUGGCAGCGGCCAUGGCUUUCGGGAAGGCUCCGAAGGACCCUUUUGCCACCGCCGUGGGCAGCCUGGUGGAGCGGGCGACGUUCGGGGCGCUGGAGACGGAGGAGUGGGGACAGUUCAUGCACAUCUGCGACGUGAUCAACGCGACGGAGGAGGGGCCUAAAGAUGCAGUUAAAGCGCUGAAGAAAAAACUUUCAAAAAACUGUAACCAUAAGGAGAUCAGGCUGACCCUGUCUCUGCUUGACAUGUGUAUGGAGAAUUGUGGCCCAAGAUUCCAGUCUUUAGUUGUGAAGAAAGAUUUCUGUAAAGACAGGCUGGUGAAACUGCUGAACCCAAGGUAUAAUCUGCCCAUCGACAUGCAGGAGAAAAUCUUGACCUUUAUCAUGACGUGGGCCCGGGGCUUCCAGGGAAUGGUGGAUGUCAGCGAAGUGAAAGAAGUUUAUCUGGAACUGCUUAAGAAAGGAGUGGAGUUUCCAUCUUCUGACACCAGCAGAGGGGGACCUAAGACUUCAUCUCAGCCUUGUACAAAGUCAUCACCAUCUUCUGCUAGUCCUGCAAAACGUUCUUUACUGCCUCUUCCCACUGGCCCAACAUUAUUGUUGACUGCUGAGCAGAUUGGGAAACUGUACAGUGAACUGGAUAUGGCAAAAAUGAAUGUGAGAGUCAUGUCAUCAAUAUUAAAAGAAAAUGCUCCUGGCUCUGAAAAUCCAGAUGAUAUGAAUCUUCUACAGAAACUGUAUAAGACCUGUCGGAUGAUGCAGGAGAGGAUCAUGGAACUGUUGGUGGCAGUGGAGAAUGAAGAUGUGAUAGUAGAGCUAAUUCAAGUAAAUGAAGAUCUGAACAAUGUCCUCCUGGGGCAUGAAAGGUUCUCUCGAAACAGAGUUCGGUUUUUGGAGAAUCAGAGAAUACAACGUGAACGCUCCGAGCUGUACAGGAAACAGCCAUCUGCUCCCUCCAGUGAUCUUCUUGACCUCUCCAUGGACUCUCCAUCUCCUGUGUCUGCAGUGGUGCAAACUGACUCUGCAGUGUCUCCUUCAGGCUUCAAACGCGUAUCUGCACACCCUGAAGAUAAAAACAGGCACCAUCCAUCAAUUUAUCCACAGCUGGAUUUAGCAACUUCUGCAAAAGCUCAGCAAUUCCCAUUUGCAACUGAAGCACAAAACAAUAGUGUAAGCAACCCAGCUGGACAUUCAUAUAGCAAUCUGGCAACUCCUCUAAGCCCAGUGCCUCUGAAUCCAGUAAAUCUGCAGGCUGGACAUACUACAUCAUUAAAUGUACCAUCAUCACCAGCCACAUCAAAGAACACGUCACAGUCACCUCAUUACUAUGAGAUAAUGGAAUUUGAUCCUCUGGCUCCCACUGAUGCUAUUUAUGAAGAAAUUGAUGUUGUGCUGAAGUCAGAAGUUACCAAGAGUACAGACUGCUGAAGUGAAUAACAAGUGAAGACAAGUGAAUAACAGAACAGGCUUUGUAUUUGGACACAACAAAUAAGGAGUGGAAUACUAAGCUGUGUGGAAGUUGGAGUUACCUGGAUCUGCACCUUGAUAAUUUGUUCUAAACAUUCAGCUGUGUAUUCUUCCAGGUGACUUGCAUGAUUAUUUAAGUAUUUUUGGGGCCUUUAAAAUAUGGUUUCCAGUAUGAAGUAACACUUGACAGCUGGCAUAAGUGGGAAAAAAAAAGAUUCUUGAAAAAGCUUUUCUUCCAAGUUAACUGUUCUCUUGUAUUGCUUUACUGCUUUAUGCAGCAAACAAAAUAGAACGUUAUGUUUACAGAAACUACAGAAUCCAAUUUCUGUUUUGGUCUUGUUGGAGUCUGUGUUAAUCCCCCUAGAAAUUUGUAAGGGGGUUUUGAUGUGUAAGACUUAGCUAAUAUUAGGCCUUUUCAUAGAUGUCUGAGGACACACAGUGUCACUUUCCUACAGUCAUAUUCUGAAUAUAGAUUUUUGUUUUCUUCCUGAAAGCCUGCUAUAUAGUUGGAUUUUUGUCUUGGAAAGUACCUGAGCCAGGCCAUGAGGUGCUGUCAUCCCUGAUUAACAGAAGAGAAAAAACUCUGCUUGUUCCUGUGUUGUUGCUUUUAUUUAGUCAGUAAAUAUUGGAGGGGGAUCAAUCAUUUUUUUCAAUGUUCCUGCCCUGCAGAGAUUGCUGUUCUGGUGAAGGAAAAAAAAAAAAUCAUCUACAAUGCAGAUGAGCAAUAGUUAUCCAUUUCUUCUAGUCAAGUUAUUUAACCCUGUUAAUAAGUUUUAAUAUGAAAGUGCCUUACCUAUUUUAAUGCUGAAUGUAAAAAGUGCACUUUAGUAAGUAUAGUUCUCUGAACUUACAUAAAAUUUGAGAACUUGGUUCAUGUUUAUAGCUGGUAAGCUAUUUUUUUGUGUGAAAUACUGCAUUUUAAAUGCUGAUUGUGUUAACUCUUUAAGUGAUAAAAAGUUCUCAGUCAGUUAUGCAACUUUUGUAGCAUAAAAUUCCAAAUAAAAGCAAAUGCUUACUGAGAAGUUAA